AGCUAGUGUCAAUCUUUUAUGGGGCAGGCCUGUCAGUGUGGCGAGCUGGCCAGGGUGUUCUGUAGUUCCCAAGGCUUCUAUCAAGCGCGAGCACGGGCUUGUCAUAAUAUUACUCUGAAUCUCCAACUUUAAACAUAAGCCGUUGAGUUCGUAGAGUUGGCAUUUGUGAGCCCACCACUGUAUCAACAACCCGGUCCUCUGCACCACCCAACAGCGUUGCCUCCAACUUUCGCGAGUCUUUGGGUUUGCGCUCGCGGCAUUGGCCGCUGAGCUAGCUACGUGUUUCUUUCUUGCUCCAGAAGCACGGCAGGCGCUGGCGUUUUCUGCAAGAAGCCUCGCCUGAAGAAUGCUGAACCACAAAGUCCACAGCCGCUCGGCGACGCUAGGGCAGCGUCGGUUAGUAGUAGCCGGCGCGGCGAGCGUGGGGAGACGCGCGCAGGGUCGCGGCCGUCCCUCAACGGUGCUGCUUGCCCACGCCACUACGCUGCACAAGCCCCACCAAACGCCAUGCCCAGCGCCGGCUCCAGUUCCUGCGAGCCUAGCGAACAAACCACGGCUCAGCUACGUCGGGCACGCCAUCGCAGGUAGCAGCGACGGCAUCAGCCCAGACAAGACCAUGUACGGCACCCGAGUUGAGGAGGCCCAGGGCGGUGUGCUGCGGCCGCCGCCCAUCUCCAAGCCGGACACCGAGUUCGAGGCCAAGCUGGGGGUGCAGUUCGUGGAGGGGCGGGAGGGCAUCGUGGUCACCGAGCUGAACGAGCUGUUCGAGAAGGUGGGCUUCCCCCGCCGCGACCCCGACCGGCUCAAGGUGGCUCUGGAGAACACCUACCACGUCAUCUGGGUGCGCAGCACUCGGCAGAGCCGCCUGGCCAAGAACGGCCAGAUGAUUGGCUUUGCGCGCGCCACCUCGGACGGCGUGCUGAGCGCCACGGUGUGGGACGUGGCGGUGAACCCCGCCUGGCAGCGCAGCGGGCUGGGGCGCGCGCUCAUGGAGCGGCUGACCAAGAAGCUGGUGGAGGACGGCAUCCCCACCAUCACGCUGUACGCGGAGCCGCAGGUGGUGGGCCUGUACGAGAAGCUGGGCUACGUGCGCGACCCCGAGGGCAUCCGCGGCAUGGCCUUCCAGCGCAAGAAGAAGGAGAAGGCCGGAGCGGGCGCGCUGCUGCGGGUGUAGAGCGGGACAGGAGCGGAGAGGUAGGGAGGGAAGGGGGGGCUGGGCAGGGGGAGGGAGAGGAGGCGGUUGUUAGACCGGGGCUGGGCGGUAGCAGGCCCGGCGCUUGGGGUUCGUUUGGUUGUGUGUAGGGCGGCUGCGGCCUGACGCGGCUGCUGCGUUGGCCGCUGCAGGCCCGGCAGCGGGGAGUCAUGUGUGUGUGUGUUCAGUACGGUAGUGGGUUGGUACGCGUUGUUAGCAGGAUGAUGGAAAGGACCGGCUUAAUGAAGGCACGGUGAGAGGUGGUUUGGUUUACAGCGGCAGUGGCAGCAGCAGCGGUGGCGUCUUUAGCCGUUUGGCGCGCGCGCUGUGUACUUGUAUAUGGAUUUGGAGGUGGGUGUGGGUGGACGGGGGGGCCACCGCCACCAGGCACACCAGAGAGGCACUCCGCAGAUUUUGGGAAGACACUGCGGUGUGCGGGCGCUAGUGGUGUGUAUGUGUGUACGCGUGGCCCUGCCAAGGGGCUUGGGGCGCCUGCAUGAGCGAGGGAGCGAUGAGGGCCACGGGCUUGCGGACUGGGGGCCUCAGGUUGCGGCAGCCAGUGCUGGGCACAGCCGUGCCCGCCGCUGCUGUGGGGGUGGACAUGUACGUGUAUGUGUGCGUGUACGGUACAUGCGGCGACACGGGGUAAGCACAUGCACACGCACACGCACACCACGAGGAUGCGGGCAGCGCCUGUGCGGCUGUCGAGUGUGCGCGCAGUGCGCCUCCGAUGCCUUGCCAAUGAGCGGUGAGCAGGGGGAUACUAGCGGGGGACACCCCUGGCGGUGAGUUAGCAGUCCAGUCCAACUCGCGCAGAAAGUCGGAUCCGUUCACCUUGCAUACUCGACAAGAUUUUUAACCAGUAGCCCAAAAUUGCGAAGUCAUGUUUGAUUGAAGUUGCAUGGAAGAUUGAAUUACGAGUGAGCGGCAGCACAGGUUAGGAUUGUGGAGCGUACUGUGUAUGUGUGCGUGUGUGCGCCAGGUGUCCCAAUCAGACAUGGAUAUGUGUGUAUCUUUGUGUGUUAUGACUACCGUAGAAGGUAUCCCUGAGUGGAUUGUGACGACGUUUCCGCCCGGGGCCCCGGAACGCCAUCUGGCGGGUGGCGGUGGCACUGUGGCAGUGGAGGCGCCCGAGGCGGGGCUGCCGGGGCGCUGCGCACAGGCCGCCCGUGGCCCGCCUGCAGGGCGCCGGUCCUGGAAGGUGGCGGAGGGCUGCUCGCGGCGGCCAGACGCGCCAGGUUUGCGGCGGCCGGUCCAUGUAAAUGCAAAAGACG